AUGCCUUAUUCUUCUCAAAUAAGUGAUUUAUUAAUUAGAGAAAAAGUAUCUAUAUUUUAAAUUUUCUAUAGGCGAAACCAAUAAAUAAGUUAAAUGAAUUUUAUUAGAUAGAUUAGUAAGGCAUUUGUAAAAGAGAUAUUCUGGUUUAAUGGAUUGUGGCAGUAUCUUUUUUCAUUUAUAACAAGUAAACUUCGCAAUUCAGACAUUCUAUAAAAACUAUAGAGCUGGCUGUUUUAUAUAUUGACACUUAUCUUAAUUAUUUUAACAUAACUUAAGAAUAUUUGUAGUUAUUAGGAAUUUCAGCCUAUUCUUUAGCAUCAAAAGUAAAUAUGGAAAUAAAAUUUAGUUUAAUGAAACAGAAAUGGUGACUUAGAUAAAACUAUACGAUUCAGAUGGUAAGAAUCUAUACAAGAAUGGAGAGUAUGAUGAAAUGGAAGAAUAAAUAAUGAAAGUUAUGGGAUUUCAGCUAAAUUACAUAACUUCAUCUGAUUAUUUAUUGGCCAUGAAUAUUGAAAUACAUGAAAAUAUUUAGAGUCUAUUGUUGUUUAUUCUUCUUGGUAUUUGUUUAAAUUUAUAUAGAUUUCGAUAUUUACAAACAUUCUCAUAUUGAACUUGCUUUAGCUAUAGUGGUAUACACUCAGGAAAAAUAGAUCUAAUUUACAGAAAAAAUUGUGGCGCUUUCACAAUUUAUUCAUAAUAAAAUACUCAAAGCUUAAGAAAUAGAAAUAGAAAAACAAUUAUAAGAAGAUGCUAAAUAUUAAAAUAAAAAAUAACGAAUAAACAAAAAGAUUACCAAAAAUAAAAUUUUGAGUCAUAAGAGAGUUCCAAAUUAGUAGAUUUGA